AUGGAAAAUAAAGCAAAAAUUACUUUAUAUGGUCUGUCGAUGUCGACAUGUACUCAACGUGUAAUAGCAGCAUUAACUGAAAAAGGACUUAGUUUUAAACUUGUAUCAAUAGAUUUUGCUGGUGGUGAACAUAAAAGUAAAAAUUAUUUGGAAGAGAAAAAUCCAUUUGGUGUUAUUCCUGUAUUAAUUGAUGAAAAUGGUUUCAAAGUUUAUGAAUCACGAGCUAUCUGUCGUUACUUGGAAACACAAUAUAAAGGUAAAGGCGCAGAAUUAAUACCUACUAAAGAUGCUAAAGCACAAGGAUUAUUUGAACAAGCUGCAUCAACAGAAAUAUCUUAUUUUGAUCCUUAUGCUAGUGGUAUUGUUUUUGAACGAGUUUUUAAAAAAAUGAAAGGACAAGGUGAAGCAGAUGAAACAAAAGUAGCUGAAUACAAAAAACAAUUGAAUACAAAUUUGGAUGUUUAUGAAAAGAUCUUAUCAAAACAACCAUAUUUAGCUGGUGAAACUUUUACAUUGGCUGAUUUAUUUCAUUUACCUUAUGGUGCAUGGUUAGUUAAACUAGGUGAAGGUAAUCUAUUCGAAUCUCGACCACAUGUUAAACAAUGGUGGGAUAAAAUUACAGCAAGAGUAUCAUGGAAAACAGUUCAAGCAAUGGAAUGA